AAGCAUAAAUGAGGAGUAAUCACAAAUAUUGCAGCGUAAAAGCAUCAAAAUCAUAUUUAAAUUGUGCGUAAAAUCUAAAACGUGUUGAGUUAUGCGUAAAAUCAAAACACCAAAUCCUUCAAAUGUACUUUUAGCUGAAAUAUUUUUCUAUUACACAUUUAAAUAAGUAGUUGUAAGUAAGUUACUGUUACUAACACAACACGUGACUAGUCCUCCAACUUUCUUAAGCUCAAACUAGCUCUAAAUCCAACAUGGCUGCUGCGUAAAAUUGAAAUACUUGAAAUUUUAGUUAGAUUUUAGCCCAAAAAACGCGUAUGAAUUGGUAGUUUUAAUUGACUAACCUAUUGAUAAAUAUGUGCUACUCCUCUUAAUUAAUUCAUCAAUGCAAUGGUUAAUUCUGCCCCAGUUUUACGCAUUAAAAAUAUGGAAUGGCACUUACGCACGACCAGCUUUCUGCGCACUCAGUCAUUUCAAACUAAAACUCUUAAGCCUAAAGUGUAGCCCUGUACUUAUGCUGUCUCUGUGCGCCCUGGGGUUAACCAAAGUAUUUCUUCACAAUACACAACCCGAUACUUUUGAUCGCUGUGACACCCGGGAGCCAUAUUGUAAACGGUAGCCGCGGUCACCUAAUGUUCACCGUCAUUACAUCAUCACGGGAGCCAGAACCGAGCGCGGGUGACGCUCUAUUGUUCGGUGCGUUAAAAAAAACCAGACCGUGUGCAGCUCGUUCUACCCCCGACCCCGCCGCCUACACUGCGCACAUGGCGAACGCGCGCAGCCUCCGAGCUCGUCCCCGGACACCCCGCGCUCUCAUACCCCCCGGAACGACACAACAAUAGCGGGCACCGUGUCACCGAGCCAGCGCCUUUGCCUUCACGAAAUAAUGAUGCUUCGUCUUCCCACAUAGAGCACUCUCCUCCAACCAUCCAUCCACCAGGCCCCGGCGCUGCCAUUGGCUCUUACGCGUCACAUGACCAGGAAUUGGCUGCAAUUUCGCCCCGUAGUUGUUCAGUUUAGCCUUCCCUGGUCCCCAUACGCUAGUAAUAUCACCAAUAUACACAAUUAUUAUACAUAUAGGCACCGAUUACGCCACUGCGGUGACGAGCGACGAAGCGGUUUUUCUGGGUGUUUUUUGGGGGGAGCCAUAUUGCGCGCGCUGGGGGAGGCUGCGCGCGUGGAUGUGUUUUGUUUGUUAUUUUGGGGCAGGGAUUGUUCGGGGCUCUCGCUGUCCGUGGUGAGAACCGGUGUGAGGGGAGCUAUGAAUUUUGAAUUUGAGAGAGAGAUCGGUUUUAUCAACAGCCAGCCGUCCCUAGCAGAGUGCCUGACGACCUUCCCCGCCGUCCUGGAGUCAUUUCAAACUUCAUCAAUCAAGGAGUCGACAGUAAUUCCGCCUCCCUUCGAGCAGACCAUCCCCAGCCUCAGCCCGUGCACAGGCAGCCAGCCGCGACCGCCAGCGAGGAGCCAGCACAACCGGAGGACCACUGCGACCACCAAUAGCACCACCGCAGCGGGCAAUGGCCUCCCCAGCCUCCAGAGCCUCCACCACCACCAGCAGCAGCAGCAGCCCGGUCAGUGCCCCGGCGGACAGGCCCCCAACCCGGGCGCCGCCACCGCCACCCCGGCCGAGUUCCCAUGGAUGAAGGAGAAGAAGUCAUCCAAGAAGUGCCCCAAGCCCGGUGGCAGCAGCGGCGGCGGCGGCGGUGGGUCCACUGGCGCAGGAGCCGUGAUACCCCCCGCGUCCUGCUCCCCGUCGCCCACCGCCUCUGGGUACUCUGCGGCGGCCAUCGACUCCCCCACAGACCCGAACCACGCGGGGCUGGACGGAGCAGGAGCCGGCUCCAGGAGACUGCGCACGGCCUACACCAACACGCAGCUGCUGGAGCUGGAGAAGGAGUUCCACUUUAACAAGUAUCUGUGCCGGCCGCGGCGCGUCGAGAUCGCGGCUCUGCUGGACCUGACGGAGCGCCAGGUCAAGGUCUGGUUCCAGAACCGGCGCAUGAAACACAAGCGGCAGACCACGCACCACAGAGACGGCAGCGGCGGAGGAGCAGGCCCGGAGACGGGGGAGGCCGCGGGCUUUGAGCCGCUGGAAGGAGCUGACGCCUCUUCUCCCUACUCCAGUCAGCCGCUCGAGGCGGCGGGCACCGCGGAGUCAGAUGCCGAGCUGAGCGGGAACAGUAAUCCAUCUUCUGCCGCCGCCUACGCCUCUGACAGCGCGGACAAAGCACAGCCCACGCCGGAGGAGGGCCGUCAGAGCCUGGGUGCAGCUGACCGCCCACAGCCGCAGCCCGGAGCUAAUGAAAACCCCGCGGACAGCGCGGCUCUGCUGCCCGGAGACAGCUCCUCUCUCCUGCCCGCGGACAGCGCCUCAAACCCCGCAGCCGCCGCCGCCUCCUCGGCCUCCUCGUCUUCUUCUUCGGUGCUGCCGGACUUGGCGUUCCUGUCCGGGGACGCGUGCCUGUCCCCCGGGCUGCAGAGCUCUCUGGACAGUCCCGUGGACUUCUCGGAGGAGGACUUUGACCUGUUCACGCGCACACUGUGCACCAUAGACCUGCAGCACCUCAACUUCUGACGGCCUCGCGCACGGCCCGGCACAUGCACACGGCUGGACAGGACGAGUUUGGGCAACAUUCCUCUAUUCUAAAUAACUUACUAAUUUUCAUCUAUUUUUACUCUUAUUUUUUCUUUAGUUUUAACAUAAUUUUGAAUGUUCAACACUGGCGGAAUAGUUUGUUUUUGCUCCGCGCCUCGUGGAUUUGUCCUCUUUUCGCAGGUAUUUAUUCUCUCGUUCUUUUCAGACUUUCUUUGCUUCUGGACUUGUACCACUAGUCUAGCGUCCACGUGCAGCUUACGGAUACUUCUCAGGAACAGCGGAGUGCGUCUGCGCAGAGGAGCGGGACACGACCUGCUCAC